CCCCAUCCCAACUUGUCAAAAUGGAAGCUGUUAUCUGGCUACUAUUAAUAAGCAUAGCCAUGUUUUUUGGCAGCUAUCUCUCAGGUUCUUUACCACUCACCACUAGUUUAUCGGAACAGAAAAUUCACAUAUUAAACGCACUUGGAGUUGGUUUGUUGAUCAGUACCAGUCUUGUUGUAGUUAUUCCAGAAGGUAUUGAGACAAUAUACGAUGAUAGAGUAACAACAAGCCAAACAAAUGUGACCGGGAAACGCGAGCUCAGUCAUGAAGGAGAACAAGAAGGGUCUGAACACACUGCUAUUGGACUUGCAUUGAUUACCGGAUUUGCUUUAAUGCUUUUAAUUGAUCAACUCAGUUCUCUUCAUGUAUCAAAACCUUCUGAACAAUACUCUGAAUUAAGUACAGCGGUAGGAGGAGGGUCUCUUGAGAUGGAAGAAGAAGCUACUCCUCAUACUCACCAAAAGCCUUCUUUGACACCCACGAUUGGAUUAAUUGUUCAUGCAGCAGCAGACGGUAUUGCGUUGGGUGCAAGUGCAAAUCACCCUGAUCUAUCUAUGGUUGUUUUUCUUGCUAUAAUGCUUCAUAAAGCACCUGCAUCAUUUGCACUUGCGUCGGUAUUAUUAGGAGAAGGACUAUCGCAUAGGAUGAUCAAGAGAAAUUUAUUUUUAUUUGCUAUAGCAGCUCCAAUUGGUUCCCUUUUGACUUAUUUUACUUUGCAUUUCUUUUCUUCAGCAUCUUCAACAAGUCUUGCUUACUGGACUGGUGUCUUGCUUGUAUUUUCAGGUGGCACAUUUUUGUAUGUAGCUAUGCAUUCUCUGCAAGAAAUUCAGCAUACAUCAACCAAAUUAGACAAGACACAGCUACUUUUGAUUUUAUCUGGCAUGACAAUUCCUGUCCUACUUGGAAUAGCACACUCUCAUUAACUUUAUUUUAAAGACGUUUAUAAACCA